CUUUAUUUAUUUUUAUUUAUAGAAGCGGCCCUUCGAUAUUUUUUUUCAAAACGUUUAUAAUUUAUAGCCUUGUUUAUCUUAGGAUCAAAUGACAGUGACUAACACUAACAGUGUGUAAUUUCUUUUAGCUGAUCUGACAGGUGGAAAGCGUGUAACUUCUAAGAGGUUUUUUAGUAGAAGGAAUUUUUUUAAAGAGUAAAGAGAUUUUAUUUAUUAUUAUUGGUAAGUCUAAGUGGAAGUGCGCGUAGUAGAAACUACAAAUUACAAAUACAGUAGUGACUAUACAGAAGACACAGACUUCACUGAUAACACUGUCACUGACUUGAACUUAAAACUAUUAAUUAUUAGGCCUACUUAGUAUUAGUAAUAAUAAUAAUUAUUAAUAACUAAAUCAACUAAAUAUAUAAAUUGAAUAAAUUAUAUUAAUAAUAGCCACUGCUAGUAUAGAUUAUAAAGAUUACAUUAAAAAUUAAAACAUAAUAAUAAAUAAAUACAUAUUCAAUAUUCAUAAUUUCAUAAUACAAUAAUUAUUUAUUAAUUAGUAAGUAGUUAAAGGUAGGCGAAGGUGAGACUCACUUAUUCUUACACUGAUAUUGUUUGAAAGCACUUUGCAAGUUCAAGAUUUAUUAUUUUCUUAGGGCAGGGCAUAGGGAGGUCGACUUUGACUUGUUUGAGUUUGCGCCUCAGCAAUUAACAAAGUCAAAGUUUACUACUAACUACUAUUACUAAGUGAUUGUAUAGGUACAAUGACAAUAAUGACCAUACAUUCUAUGAUUCUAAGUCUAAGUGAAGUUUCUGAAAAAAUUCAUUAUUCAUUAGGCCUAAUUACAAAUACAGAUACAUAUAUUAUGAUAUAUAUAAAUAUAAUAUAAUUGUAUAUCAGCCUAUAAUAUAUUUUAUUUUCAAAUUCAAAAACAUGGCAGAUAAUUAUAAUAUACAUAAGGUAGCUGCAUUAAGAUAAUUGAAAUAUUUUAAACUAUGUGACUAUGUGAAAAAUUUCUCAAGAAUGAAUCAUGCAGAUUGUAAGAGUAAGAAUGAUAGGAGCUAAUAAUUACUAAUACUAAUUUGGUGUGUUUUUUCAAUCCUUUUAUUUUACUUGAGAUAAGCUUACUUUGUUCGAGUUUUGUUCUUACAUUCUCACAUUGCCCAAGUUUUGAGUUGCAUCCAUAAUCUAUCCAUUCAUUUAUUUACAAAAAUAUUUUUCUCUACUGCAGGGGAUACAAAUAUUCGUAACUUGAUUUAGGAGUAGAUCAUCUAGUCAGCAUUGUCUUGCUUCAAAACUUUUGUGAUUAGAUUAAAUAAUAAUAUAUGGGUGGGUUUUUUCCCUUAGGCCCAUCAUUUAUUUAGUUUUCUUGCACAUUUGCACAGACUUUGCUUUUGGCAACAACCAAAAGGAACACUGUUUAGGACCUGCUUCUGUAGAAACUUUCUGUGGGGUCUAGUUUCAUUAUUUCUCUAUCUUUUAUUAUUCCCAACUUUGUUUGUUUUAGAAUUUGUUCACAUAAAAUAAAAAGUAUUUGUAGAAUAAAUAAAGCAUCAAAUUAUUGUAAUGUUGUAACUAAAAUUUUAAUUUACUUGGUUCCUUUCGAAUAUAAAAAAAAUAACUUACCAGUACACUCCACAUUUGUGACAUUGUUUUAGUUAAUAAGGUUAAUCAAUUGACUAAGGACAUUCAAUAUCAAAAAGAUGAGCUCAGCAUGAGACCCAGAAAAUCAGAUCUAUUUACAUUUUUGUCUUAGGGGGUGGUGGAACUAUGAUUUUGACAUAUAGAUUGGGUGCAGGAAAUGUUUUGAACUGUAUAGGGUGUGCAGCACUUCAAAAGGGUCAUUGAAACCCUGUUCUGGUACACAAUAUAUGUCCAGAAAUUGUAGAAGCUAUUAUUUAUUUUUUGUUUUUUCUCCUGACAACUUUUUGUCUGCACCAACCACAUACCCUAGUUCCACCACUGCAAACAAUAAUAUUGUUAAUGAUGGGAACUACCGUUGUCUUCACCAUUGAUCUUAUGGGCAAUGUACCAAUCUUGAAUUUGCACCCUGCUCUUGGAUUAAACUAUGAUCUGUUAUGAAACCGACUCGAGUGAGCUCUUUCUUACUUGCAUUUCCAUUAAUGUCACCUUCUGUGUGAAUGUUACUCCCGGUAUGGUUCAGUGUCCGCAUACCCUAUUGAUGCAACUGCUUCCCCCUACUUAUUUAUACACAUAAUUUUAAACAGCUUAAUAAUGUCAUAACGUUCAAACUAACGUCUAACUAAAAAUUCAAUUGAUGUUUUAUCAUAUUCUUAAAUUACCUAUCGGCUAUUCAAAUCAAAAUUUUUAUGGUCGUCCCGCUUCACAAUUCGUUUUUAAAAAUUUUUUUAAAGAAUAAGGGAGGAGGGGGAAAAAGCACAAAGAAUACUCAGUCUUUGCUCACCAUUUUGGUUGGAUGAUUUUUAUAAAUAAAAAGCACCCUAACCUGUAGGUAUGAAUUAAAAAUAAGUAGGAAUAGAACAUAUAUUAUUUUAAUGUUUUAAUAAUUUCAGAUUUAUUUGUAACUUUUAACAGCUUACACGGUUAUUGUGGAAAUUGAAACAUGGGAAAGUACAUCAUUGAUAUUGAAGUGAUAGACGCAGAGAAGCGAAGAUUGCCAAGUAAACAUUAUGUGAGUUGACAUGCUUUAGAGCAGAAUUUAUCCUGAAUAUUUAUGAACAAUUGCCUUUUAUUUUUAUUUUUUUACUUAUACCUAGUAUUGAAUUUGAAGAUUUUAUUUUUAAUUUGCUAUUUUGCUUAUCUCCUCAUAUGUUCAUUCAAUUAUGAUUAUUUUAAAAUUGUACCUCUAUAUAUGGCUUUUUUUAAAUGAACUAUUUAACAGUACCAUUGCAAGAAAAUAUUAUUUCAGGCAACUUAUAAACCUAAAUGGACAGUUGUUUCAAUUACUAAUAGUCUAGCUCAGUGGUUUUAAAAUUUGGUAUUAUGAGGGGAACCUGGAACAAAACUAUGAAAGUUGCAGCACCCCUCAUAGCUUUUAUUUUUUUCUGUACUUAUGAAUGCCAGCACGUUUAAUAAACAACAUCCUCAUUAGCUCACCUGUGAGAAGUGGUGUAAGGCCACUCCAGGAUGUUAAUAAAUGAAUCCGUCGUCUCUUGGAGACAUGGUGACAUAUCUUGGUAUUAAUCCUUUAAACUUCUUUCACUGAGAUGGCACUGUUUUUUAUUUAAAUAUAUUUUUAACUUUUUCUGUACUGUUCCUUCAGUGGACAGUGUGACCCCCAUGAAAUGGACAUGAAGAACUGGGAUAAUAUUUAUCUCUGUGCUUCUGUUCAAACUGUGGCUAUGAAUGGAAUUUAGUAGAGCAAUCACAUCAGUGCUCAUGCUCCAACAAUGUCUAAUAACGAGAAAACCAAAAAAACAAAUUUUAUGAAGAACUAGACAAUGUGAUCUCUAGACAAUGUAAUCUCUGGAUGAUGUCAUCUCUGGAUGAUGUCAUCUCUGGAUGAUGUCAUCUCUAGAUGAUGUCAUCUCUAGACGAUGUCAUCUCAAAAGUUCCAAAAUUAGAGAAGCUAAUUAUCCAUGGGGACUUUAAUGCUAGAGAUGAAACAGGCCACCAGACAUGGGAAGGAACUAUCGGAAGAUAUGGCCACGGAAAGUAUAACAGCAACAGUCUACUGCUCCUAAACCUGUGUACGAAAAAUGAACUCAACCACUACCAAGACAAUCUUCCACUUUCCCCACUUGAAACAGACUUCCUGGAUCCAUUUGUGUUCAAAACACUGGCACAGGAUUAUGUCAUCACCUGAAAAAGUAACAUGCAAGAUGUUAGAGUAACCAAUGAUGUGUGUGGUGCUGACUGCUGGACUGACCAUCCACUCAUCACAUCAAAAUUAAAACUUCCUAUCUUACCCAGGAGAAGGCAGGGCGGCCAGAAAUGUAGACAAACCUUAUUAUCCACUAGCUCAAGUGUACAAACAUGGCUGAAGAGUUUUCCACUGAACUCAAACGCAGGUUGUGAGACAAUCCCUUAGAGGCAAAUAAAACUAUUGACCCCAACAUUAAAUAGUAUACUUAAAUUGUGUAUUGUUUAUAUCACUAGCUUUGGUAUUGUUUUCUUUGCAUACAUUUUUCUCAGGCCUUUGUUUCGUAUUGUUCAUUGUAAAAUGAGCCAAAUUUUAUAUCACAUUAAAUUUAAAAACUACUCUAGAACACCUCUUACCAACAACCAGCAGAUAUAAAGAUUGGUUUGAUGACAAUGAGAUUCAGUCAGUGCUAAACACAAAACAUCAUGUGCAGAGAUAUUACCAGAACGAUUCUAUGUCACUUCGAAUUAAAAAUGUUCUCGGCAAAUAAAAUAGAAAGUGCAAAAAACUGUGUGAAAUGCAUUACUCAUGGCUCAGCGGGAAGGGUGAUAAAAUGCAAGGCUCUGCCGGUAGACAAGAUACUAAAUGUUUCUAAGAUGCCAUAAAAGAAGUCUUAUAGUCCUCAGGCCGCAUGCCCAUCCUUAACAAAGAUGGAACUCAGCUGCUGACAGACAGGAGAUAGAUUUUAGAAAGAUGGGCUGAACACUUUUGUCAAGCCCUUAUCUGUCUGGCUGUGACAAAUAAUAAUGCCAUUGCUCAUUAACCACAGGGGGAAAUCAAUGAAGAGCUAGACAACUGUCCCAAUGAAGGGCAAUCCAGCAGUUCACCUCAAAUAUGCUCCAGGACGAGAUGCAAUCCCUGCAAAAAUCUACAAAGCAGGAGGCCCUGUCUUGACUAAGAUUUGAUAUGACAUUGAAGAUGUUACUGUUCCUUAGCAAUUAAAAGAUGCAAACAUACUAUGAGUAUGAAUAUACAAGAGAAAAUGCAGUCCCCAAAACAGUGACAACUAUUAAGGCAUUUCUCUCCUGUCCACAGCUGGUGAGAUCUUUGGCCAGAGUCUUAAUUAAUCUUCUGCAACUACACCUUGAACAAGCACUACUUCCUGAAAGUCAAUGUAGAUCUGCCAGACAACCAAAGCAUCUGGCUUUAACAGUAUCCACUCAUUCUUACGAAAAAGACAAGUUAGAUUGGCAGAAUAUAUUGAAAGAAUGCCAGAAAGCAGGUUACCUAAAUAACUUAUGUGUGGUGAACUUUUCAGAGGGAAACGCUCUGCUGGUGGGCAGAAAAUACGCUUUAAAGAUUGUCUUAAAAUAUCCCUCUAAUCUAUGGACAUCAGUCUGAAUUAUGGGUAAUACUUUCUAAGGAUCUUACAUGUUAGCGAGGAAGGCUCUCUGUUGGAGCACAAUCUUGAGAAAUUAAAUUGCAUCGCUUUCAAGACACAAACAGGACUAACAAGCCGUCUGCGUACUGACCGCUGACUAUAGCCUUGGUCAUUCUUGCAUGAGAAGGAUGAACAAAAACCAGAUAGAGCAAUUUGUAAUUAACACUCUACUAAAAUGAUAAAGGGAUUCUUUUUUUUUUUUUUAGCAUUCAAAGUUAUGCUUUAUUUUUGGAACCCUUGGAAGAUUGUUGAGGCAGUGUCGCAGAACCCCAAUUGAAAACCACUGGUCUAGCUUAUUACAGUAGACAAUACUUAGAUAUUCUUGCAUUUAUUAUGAUUUAUUAAAUAAACCAUUCAGUUAAUUCAUUGUAAUGUAUACCUCACUAGGUAUAUGUUAUAAAUGUAACAUGGUCAGAUGGUUCUGUACUCACAGUUUACAGACGCUACAGUAGAUUCUUUGAUUUACAGGUAAGGAAUUAAGCCCCAGUUAUCUGUUGAUUUUCUUAAGGGAAAAAUUAAAAGGUUUAGAUAUUAAAUUCGUAAAAUUAUUACAUUGUUCUUUGCUUGAUAAAUGGAUUAGUUCAUACCAUUUCUGCUUUCAUAUCAUUUGUGGUUGUCAAGUUCUGGCUAAGUAAACAUGGAUUGGAAGAUGAUGCAGUGAAUUGAGGGGAAAGAAAUUAUUCAGCAUAAAAGUAUACAUUAAAAAAAUAUAUAUGUUAUUGGGUCUGUUUUAAUUAGUCCUCCUCAACUUACUGGAAUCAAGUUUAGAAACAACAAACAUAAUUUUGGAACCAAUCCUAUUUGGAAAAAGUAGGUGGCAACCACAGGCAAGCUACUCUGUUUUACACAAAUUAGUACAUCCCCCACACCCCUUAAAUGACAAAUGAUUUUUUUACCACCAGACCACAUUGCUUGACCGAUUCCCUAUCGAAGGUGGAACAGUUGAUCCAGAAAAAAGAGUGAUUCCCUUUUUACCAGGUUCAAACAUUUAAAUAAAAUAAUCAAAAGCUGAGGAAUGUUUUUUUCUAAAACUACUCAUUAGUCCACAAUCUAAAUUUGUCACUUAACGUGAAACUAUCGCAGAACAUUAAAUGCAGCACAUUGGGUCAUCAUAAGGAAAGAUAUCAAAAGUCUCCUUUCAUUGGUGAUUCUUAAAUUACAAUCACUUUAAGCACCCAGUUUCUUCUAUGUUAUUCUGUGGGAAGAAAAGUUUGGCAGAAAUCAACAACAAAAAAGUUCUUAAUGCAUGUCAAGGAAAUUCAAGUAUUUAUUGUAUUUUUGAAUUGUUAGGAACAUGUCCACCACUGUGCUUUAUACAAAAUAUUUAUGUUACUCUUUACUUAGGUAAAAUAUUUUUUGGGCGCAGUCAAAUUAAAGAUGUAGCAAUGAAAAGACUUAAGGAAAUCAAUGAUUAUUGCAAGGUAAGAAUCUCAUUUAUUGCCAGUAAUAUAAUGAAUACUGAAAGCAGUUAAACUUUGAAGUCUUGCACCUUGUCUCCACUUCAUUUUCAUUUGUAAAAACAAUUAAUAAAAUAAUACAGAUAAAACCCAUGCUUUUAAAAAUUAUUUGACAAUACAAUCAGACCACAUUUAUAAUAUUUAUAAACUUAUUUAUAUACUAAAAUUAAGUAAUUUAAUUGUAGCGAUAUUACCUAAAAAAUCUGCACAAUUGAAUAUACUAACAUCAUCUAACAGAAAUUAAUACAGUUGGAACCUAGCAUCUCACACUGUGAAGAAGUUUUAGAAUUUUUUGAGGUAGAACCUGAAGAUUUGGAGCCACCAAAGAGCACUGUGAGCGAAGGGUGAGUUUCUUCUUUCAUUGCAGCUGAUCUAUUUUCAGUACAAUGCUUGUUUGAGCGAACUAGUUUGUUCAAGUUUCAACUUAUCAAAGUUGUGAUAAUUGUGUGUUAGCCAUCACCUUCUCUUCUAUAGCAUUGGAAAUUGGAAAAGUUCCACUUGUAUUUCAUUGCUUUCACCUACUGUUGUUUGACCAAUCAAACAAAAGAACACCAACUUUAAAAAAAAAAGUCUAAUCCAGCUGACACUACACAUUUUUUAAGCAUUUGCUAUAAUUGUUACUAACUAUAAAUUCAGUUGCAGCUCAAAUUAUAUGAGUGACUUGAUGAGUCUUAGCCAAAUAUUUAUAAGGUUUCUUGAAUCUGGCAGCUCUAUUUGAAGUUUAGGAAUUUUUUGUUAUCUGAUCCAUCUGUCACUACUUUUAAAUGUAAGACUUACUAUUUAGGACUUUGCAAACACUUCUAGCUUAAAAAAUUCCAUUCAACUAUGUCUGAAGCACUGCAUUUUUCUAUGUCUUGUAAACAAAAUCAAAUCAUUUCGUAAUUGGCUGUUACCAGUUUGGUUUAAUCAUCUUUUAACUAUCCACAUUGCAUAAAUGUAUUCAUUCUGAAUCAGAUAUCCAUUGUAUGUGGAUGGAGCUGUCAUUGGAGGUGAUGGACCUAUUGCCAGGUUAUUUUUUAGCACAUUCUGGUCUGGCAUACUGCAAAUUUCUUAUAUCACAUUUAAAAUCAAAAGAAGUAUUUCAAUUAAAUUUUUAUUUACUUUUUUUUCUGGAUCCAAAUAAUCGCUUUCCUCUCACAGCUGACAUCGAUAUGUCAAUGUCCCUGUCAUCAGAAAUGCUGGUUUUAAAUUUAAAAUUUAUUUUAUUGCUACAGUAUGACAUAUUUUUGAAAGAUCUAACAUAGAUUCUACAAGAGCAAAUAUCUCCUUGCCAUAUUGCUUAACGCUUGCUGAUUUGGACAAGUAUGAACAAAUGAAAUGCAUAUGAAAAACUUUUUGACUACAUGUUUAAAAAUGACUUUUCUUAAGCUGCUGUGUCUUCAAUAUGUUAGAGGCACAGACAGUAACUGAUAAAGUUAACAUUUUGAGCUGGUUAACUACCAUACUGGAGAGGGUAUCUUAACAGAAUACUCUAAAAAGACCUUAAGGAAAGUUAAAAAGGGAAAAUCAUCUUAUCAGAAAGAUGCAAACCUUGAAAUUUGCUUACUACUUAACAAUUUGAAACUAACUGGUAAUGGAAGUAUAUAUAGAAUCUGAAUUUCUGCAAAAUAAAACUUAAUUCAGAAUCUAUAAUAAGCAAUAUUAUAAGCAAUAGUAAAAAAAAAAAUAUAAUCGUUGAAUUGUUUUAGAUCAAUUAAUUUUUUAUAACAAAAUCAUAUAUACCUUAUUGUAUGGGUCUUACAGAGGUAAUAACUAAAUCCAUUUUUUUCCAAAAAAAGAUAACGUCAGGAACAGUCAUUUAAGUCCAGCCUUUGUUUUGUAGACAAUACCUUUCUUACCUUUUUAUCUCAAGACAAAGAAAUGAGAUUGUGAAAACCUAUUAACAAUUUUUUUUUGCAUGAAUUAUUCCCUUUUUUUUUUUUUUCAAGGAAGAAGUUGUUCCCCACAUCACUCACAAGGUUUUUGCAAUAACUUAUUUCCUAAUCCACAUUGCCUUAUACCUUUUUAUCUCAAGACAAAGAAAUGAGAUUGUGAAAACCUAUUAACAAUUUUUUUUUGCAUGAAUUAUUCCCUUUUUUUUUUUUUUUGCAAGGAAGAAGUUGUCCCCCACAUCACUCACAAGGUUGUUGCAAUAACUGAUUACCUAAUCCACAUUGCCUUGCCUUUAGGCACGCUGAUUAUUGUAUUCCAACCUCUGUUCAUAGAUGUAGAUUUCCUGAUACCUCACUAAUUCAAACGACCAAAACAUUUCAACAUUAAACUAUUAUCACUUUACUACUAUUCUCCCCAUUUUAUCAGGAAAAGAAAAAUAUCUCUUAGUCUGUCUCUUGAUACCCUGAGGUAAGGGCAUGCUACCUGCUUGGAUGUGAUCCUUGCUAUUCCAAUGUUUCAGUUUUUUUAUUUUUUUCUUAAUUUACUGUUGCUACCGUAACUAUAUGUGUGAUAACUGUAUUAACAGCUGGUAGUGGUUCUUGUGGGAGUAUGUUAAAUUAUAGGUCAUCAUUUUAUUUGCUCUUUUGGUGGUGUUUUAUUUCACUUGACAAACUUAAACUAAAUAUGAAACUAGGAGAUAUAGACAUCUUUUUUUCUAUCUAUUUUGUCCAAAUCUUCUGCAUAUUUUUGAUUAAGCGUCCAUUUUUUUUUAAUUUAACAAUAUUCCUAUGUUUUGUAGAUAGGUCAUUGUUGCCAUGCUUGGAGACAAUAUUGUUAAUUCUACCUUUAACAGUUUUCAUAUUUUCAUCCACUCUCCAAUGACUUUCCAUAAUGUACAUGCACACCAGUUUACCAUUCCACUCUGAUGGCCACCUUCCACUCUUGAAACAUAGGCAUCUCAGCCACUCUGAUGGCCACCUUCCACUCUUAAAACAUAGGCUGCUCAGCCACUCUGGUGGCCACCUUGCACUCCUGAAACAUAGGCAGCUCAACCACUCUGAUGGCCACCUUCCACUCUUGAAGCAUAGGCAGCUCAGCCACUCUGAUGGCCACCUUCCACUCCUGAAACAUAGGCAGCUCAGCCACUCUGAUGGCCACCUUCCACUCUUGAAACAUAGGCAUCUCAGCCACUCUGAUGGCCACCUUCCACUCUUGAAACAUAGGCAGCUCAGCCACUCUGAUGGCCACCUUCCACUCUUGAAACAUAGGCAGCUCAGCCACUCUGAUGGCCACCUUCCACUCCUGAAACAUAGGCAGCUCAGCCACUCUGAUGGCCACCUUCCACUCUUGAAACAUAGGCAGCUCAGCCACUUUGAUGGCCACCUUCCACUCUUGAAACAUAGGCAGCUCAGCCACUCUGAUGGCCACCUUCCACUCUUGAAACAUAGGCAGCUCAGCCACUCUGAUGGCCACCUUCCACUCUUGAAACAUAGGCAGCUCAGCCACUCUGAUGGCCACCUUCCACUCCUGAAACAUAGGCAGCUCAGCACCAUUUUCUUUUACAUCCCUUAAUUAUAGAACCAAUGGUUUCAUGGUGCAAUAAUUUUAUAACUUUAUUCACUGUUACAAGCAUAGGUCAGUAUUUUAGCAUUAGAAAUAGUUUUGAUCUUAUGUUGUGCCUUCUUUAUAUAACUAUGAUACAUGCUUUUUGGCUAAUGUGUGCAAAUACAAGUGUUCAGAUGAGUUUUGGACCGAGAUAAAACUCAUUUAAGACAAAAAACUUCUCUCUUAUGAAAUUUUGAGUAUUUACUCGUGUCAUUUGUAAAGUUUCUACAAACUUGUUUACACACAAAAUGUGUCUUUAAAUGCAAAUUAAAUUUUCUGAUCUAUCACCUGAUCUUGAUUUUUCUUUGACUUUCUUUUAUCGUUGUAAGACUAGGAGUUAUGGAAUAGGUUUAAAGUAGUUGAUUCAUUGAUUCUAUAGUCUGAUAGUUAUGAUAGUUUUGUUACAGAAGAGUGCCAAACUAUAACAUGCUUAGAGAACUAGAGGCUAAUGUUAGUUUUGUUACAGAAGAGUGCCAAGUAUAACAUGCUUAGAGAACUAGAGGCUAAUGUUAGUUUUGUCACAGAAGAGUGUCAAGUAUAACAUGCUUAGGGAACUAGAGGCUAAUGUUAGUUUUGUUACAGAAGAGUACAAAGUAUAACAUGCUUAGAGAACUAGAGGCUAAUGUUAGUUUUGUUACAGAAGAGUGCCAAGUAUAACAUGCUUAGAGAACUAGAGGUUAAUGUUAGUUUUGUUACAGAAGAGUGCCAAGUAUAACAUGCUUAGAGAACUAGAGGCUAAUGUUAGUUUUGUUACAGAAGAGUGCCAAGUAUAACAUGCUUAGAGAACUAGAGGCUAAUGUUAGUUUUGUCACAGAAGAGUGUCAAGUAUAACAUGCUUAGGGAACUAGAGGCUAAUGUUAGUUUUGUUACAGAAGAGUACAAAGUAUAACAUGCUUAGAGAACUAGAGGCUAAUGUUAGUUUUGUUACAGAAGAGUGCCAAGUAUAACAUGCUUAAAGAACUAGAGGCUAAUGAUAGUUUUGUCACAGAAGAGUGUCAAGUAUAACACGCCCAGAGAACUAGAGGCUAAUGUUAGUUUUGUUACAGAAGAGUACAAAGUAUAACAUGCUAAGGGAACUAGAGGUGAAUGUGCUUUAUAAGCAGACACAACUGAUAAGGUUAACAGUGCAGAAACAACGGCAAGGCACUGAAAGGUGUGCAAACAGAUAUCUGCGCCUUGGCUUUGAAAGGAUUUAUGGGUAGUUGGUCUAAAAGAGGAAUUAUUUUUGAAAUGGAAACAUUAAAUGGGACCUGUUAACAAUAAAGUUUGUUAGUCAAUAGAAUUUUUUUGUGAAGGUCAUGGGAAACUGUCAUUGAUGGCACUGUAGUAAUUUAAGUGGGACAUUAAUUCAAAUAAUUAAAUCAGUCUAAUAGGAGUGAAUGGGGCCAAAGUGUGUAAUUAGAGGAAUAGGCAAAUAUUUUUACUUUGGUCAAUCUUUCAUUCAAUUCCUAACACUGUGAUUAAUUGGUAGUUUUAGAUUACAUGUCUUACAGUUCAAUGCUGAGUCUUUGGAAGAAAAUCUUCAAUGAGAUGUAACUCCCAUAGGUGUUUAGCAUUUAUUGUCAUUCGUGAACACUUAGCACAUUUGGGUAUAAUCCACAGUAGUUAUCACUGGAUUAAUUAUAUACAGCAUUAACAUGUGCAGUGUGUUUGGAAACAUACACGAUGCUUACAUGAGAAAUAAACAAUAAGUUUGAAACAACAGAGAAGCAUUAUUUGGCAAGAAAAACAAGUAUAAAUCUUGACACACCAAACACAAGACCCAUAGAGAAACUCUGUUGAACUUAAAUGAAAGUAUAGAUGUUCAGUAUAGAAGGCCUAAGGUUUACAGUCAACCAUUUAGAAAUAGAUAAUACUAAGGUGAUUAAAAAAAAUUGUUUAAUGAUGUACAAGUUAUAAGGAAAGAAGGGUGGCUGUGUAGGUACCAAAAUAUCAUAGUUACAUCUUUAUUUGUAUAGACACCAUCUACAAUUGCAACUAAAUAAAUGUAUAUUUUAUUAACAUCCUGUUACAUAAUGCAUCUGUUGACCUGCAUAGAUAGUAUUUGAGAGCGAAUAAUUUUGGUAUAGCUAAUGUUUUAAAUUUAGUUGCAUUAAGUUGUAUGACAGUAAACUGGUGCUUUACUAUGACAGUGAACUGGUGCUUUACUAUGACAGUGAACUGGUGCUUUACUAUAACUGUAAACUGGUGCUUUACUAUGACAGUAAACUGGUGCUUUACUAUGACAGUGAACUGGUGCUUUACUAUGACUAUAAACUGGUGCUUUACUAUGACAGUGAACUGGUGCUUUACUAUGACAGUGAACUGGUGCUUUACUAUGACUGUAAACUGGUGCUUUGCUAUGACAGUAAACUGGUGCUUUACUAUGACAGUGAACUGGUGCUUUACUAUGACAGUGAACUGGUGCUUUACUAUGACUGUAAACUGGUGCUUUACUAUGACAGUGAACUGGUGCUUUACUAUGACAGUGAACUGGUGCUUUACUAUGACAGUGAACUGGUGCUUUACUAUGACAGUAAACUGGUGCUUUACUAUGACAGUGAACUGGUGCUUUACUAUGACAGUGAACUGGUGCUUUACUAUGACUGUAAACUGGUGCUUUACUAUGACAGUGAACUGGUGCUUUACUAUGACAGUGAACUGGUGCUUUACUAUGACAGUGAACUGGUGCUUUACUAUGACAGUGAACUGGUGCUUUACUAUGACAGUGAACUGGUGCUUUACUACUAAACAAAACUAACAAAUGCCUGACUGGUAUUUUUAACUAAAGUAGGUCAUAGGAUGUUCAUGUGUGUAUAGAGCCUUGAAGAUUUGAUCCCAACUAUGACAUAAUUGAACUCUCAACCAAUAGGGAAAUAAAAUGACUGAUUAUUCCUACUGAUUGUCCUUCAUGAAUUGUCAUCUUAUCAAAUUUGUAAGGUUAUAGUUCCUGAUACUAGAGAUAACAGCAGCACUAGAUUCUAAUGUCAACAGAGUUAUCAAUGAUACAUUGUUGUAUGCAUUAACAACCCAGUUUGACUGUAUUUGAAAACAUUUUUUGCAUUUGUUUUGUAUUAGUUUCAUUUCUCAUUUAAACCCCACAUCCAAAUGAAGCAUUAAUGAAAUGCUCCUCAUGCCCUUGCCCAUACCAUUUUAUUCCCAUUGGCUCAGCCCCCAAUGCUUGAAAUGUAUUUGACCUGGUGUCAUGCUCCAUUGGAGAGGCAAUUUAGGUUUAUGCUAACUGCUCUUGUUAAAGGUGAAGUGAGGUACAUCACCCCUAAAAUGUACAUAACUUUGGAGUCUGUUUAACUCUGCCUACAAGAUCUGUCUCUUUCAAGUCUAAAUACUUUCUUGCUCAACUUCUAAUUUUAAUAGCUUGAUACUUUUUCUUAUUUAAUUUUUUUAAAUAAUUCAAAUAAGUUACUUUAACGCAUUCUUAAUUAAAUUUGAAGUAGGGGAAGAAAAUGUAUUAUAUUAUUGUGCUUUUUAUGAACACUAUGAAAUUAAUAGAUAUAUUUUUUGUAAAAAUGCAGAAAUCUUUAGAACUUUAAACUUGUUAAGUCUCAAUAAGAACACUGUUAUUUCUUCUCUGUCAUUCAUAACAACUUGGCCCUUUUAAAAUCAAUGUUGAGUGAAAAUAAUUUUAACUGAUUUUUUUUUUUUUACAUGUCAAAUGCUUCAAGCCUAACCACUUAAACUCAAGUAAAAACUUUCUAAUGCAGUUAUGAUGUUGGGAGAUGGGGGUGUAGAAAAAGGUUACAAGGGAUUGGGACACAAAUCAUUAGCUACUUGCCGCUCAUCUCUAUUAAAAUGGUAUAUACAUUUUAAAAUGUCCUCUGAAAUAAAACAAGGGCUCACAGCCACCUCCCUAAUUAAAUUGCAUGAACAUUAUUAUACAUCACUUUGAGUUCCAGUAGAAUAAUAGGUUGAGAACAGCUGAAUAAGCUAUUUUGAUGAUGAGUAAUGAGAUGUAACAUUAGGAAGUGAGUGUCUUGACGUUAAAAGCACUUUGUCAAGUGGCAAGUAAACAAUGAUGACAAUCCUGAAGUGAGCAGGAGAUGGAACAAAUGUGUCAAACAUUCCAAAGUCAAGACAGAAUUUUCAUUGACUAUUUUGCUGAUUUUAAACUAAAUUAUUGUGCUGUGUUCUGGAAGAAAUUUAUUACCCAUUUAUGUACCUGCAGUUUUUAAUGGCCAUACUUUUCUUAUGGAGAUUUUAGUUAUGUAAUAAAGCUAAAAAAUCAUUGAUGAUAUUGUUCUAGUAUAGCAAAUUAAAUUUUUUUAGUUUCAUGAAUUUUAUGUGUGGUUUUUUUUUUGAUGCGCAUCAAGUUAUAAAAUAAACUUCAGCCAACAGUGGCAUCAGUGUUUAAAUACUGCAUUAGAAAUCUAUUUAAAUAUCAUGCCCUCAAAUAAUUAAUUUAUAGCAAAUUAGAUUUUAACUUAAAUAUAAAAGAUUAAAUAAUCAUCUGUUUCACAUACAACCUUAUAACUUUUAAUUCAGUAAUAAUUGAAGAUUAUUGAUACUGUUAAAAAAAUAAUAAAAUUUUAAGCUGAUGUAAGAACAUUUAUUUUACUAACACAAAAAAAGUUUAAGUUUUAACUACUGUAACAGAAAAUAAUGGAUAUGUAAAAGUGACAAUCUUGCUCUUCUUUACAAUGGAUGUUCUGAGACGAACUUGCUCUCCUAAAGCCAUUAAACGUAAUUUUCGUCAUCUCAGUAAACUUAAGAUUUCCAAAGACAAAAAAGCAGAGCGGAUCUCCAAGCCAAAACGUUUAGACUGCUAUGUGGCCAUAGCUGCUUACGCGGCUCAGGCAUCAGGAGAGAUAACUCUUCAGCCGGGACUAAAAGUUGAGGUCCUUGAAAAGAGUGACAGUGGUAAGAAAAAAUUAAAAUAGAUGAUAAUUUAUAUGAAUAGUUUGAUCUUAAGAUUUUUUUAAACAUAUCUAGGAUAUCUAAGUUUUUAAAAAUAUUUAGACUAUAGUAUAAAAUAGAAAAUAAUAUUGUUAUAGAGCAUAGAAUAUGUGACUUGAACAAAUUUUGACUUUGCAUAUUUCCUCUCAAUUUAAUAUUGUAGGAGGUUUAUAAUUCUGAUUUUGUUUUAAACAAAGAAAAUCUUAUUUCUAUUUGUUUACAAAUAUUUUAUGUUAUAUUAGCCUAUUAAUAUGUCAUUUUCUUUGUGUCUAAAACAUCAAGUAAAUGGUCUUGGUCUUAUUGUUUUUUUAACAUUGAUUAAUAAUUCUAGAUAAAAAAUAAAAAAAAUUCUAUGGAGAAGAGAAAAUUUUAAAACUCAGCUUGUCAAACUAAUGCUGACCUGAAAUUUCAAUUUUCUUUUAUUAAAAAACUGGAACUAAAAACAAUUUGUUCAAUAUUGAUCCAGGUUGGUGGUUUGUCAACUCGGAAGAUGAACAGGGCUGGGUACCAAGUACUUACCUGGAACCUGAAGAAGGUGGAGCUCCAAGCUCAAUGCAAGGACCACUGGCAGAACCAGGCAAAGGUUAGUAACAUUUAUUGGUAAACAUUUUUAUUAUAUUACAAAUGGAAAAAAGAUGUUCCCUUGAUGGUAAAAUAAUUUUAUCAUUGUAAAAAAUUUUACAUUUUUCAGAAGAGAACUUCAUAUGUAUUGAGGAAUUUUUAGCAGGCAGCCCAGAUGAAGUAGGCUUAGAGAAGGGUUCUGUUGUGCAAGUCAUUCAGAAAAAUAUGGACGGAUGGUGGCUUGUGAGGUUAGCUCUGAAAUUUGUAUUUAGUAACAUUAUCUUGCUGUUAUUGUCAAUUUUAGAAAAGAAGUAAACUUAUUGGCACUUAUACUUUUUUUCUAAAAUUCAUUCAAUAUAAGAUAAAAUGGUUAGCUAAAUGUUUUAUAUAUUGAAAACAUAAAAUAAGUUAUGAUUGAGGAAAAGAAAUGCAGUGCGUCAUAGGCUAUCAUUCUUUUGUUAAGAUCGAAAGUUAGCAAAUCCUAAAACAAUCAAAGUAACUAUAAAGAAAUUUAGACUUUUGUAAGUUAAUAUAAAAUUGUUCUUUCUUAUAUUAUCAAAAUACUCAUGAGUAUCAUAACAACAUUGGUUACUUGUAAGGUUGAAGUAUUAUUAUGUUGUAGUAUUUGCCUUAAUUAUCCAUAUUCACAAUCAUCCAUGAUACUUGAACCACGAGGCAUUUGAUUUCACAUCACGGGUUUAUUUAUUGACACAGUACAAAAUAAAUCUCCUUCAACUGGAGGAAACAUAAUCGUCAUUGACUUAUUUACUUCACAUACAUAAUUGUUGGGUAAACAUUAAGAUGUUGUGUGAUGCACAUUAAAUCGAUGCUAGAGCACGAAAAACUACUGCCAUGAAUACCUCCUUAUGAAUCACAUUCUUCUGGGCAUGACAUCAUCAAUAUAAUUAACUUCCUGUUACUGUUACUCCUAAAUUACUAAAACAACACAUUAUCUGAAAAAAUUGAUUACGUCAAUAUUUGAUUUGUGACAAGUAUCCAUUAGCUGUGCAUAUUAGCGCUGAUCAUUGGUCAUCUAGAAUCUUAAUAAAAGAAUCUUUGAAUUUUAACAGAUACAAUGGCAAGGAAGCUUAUGCUCCGGGUACAGUGCUAAAGAAGGUCAGCAAUGCCCAAACUGUCAGUUUGGUAGAGAAAUCCAGAUUUAGUGGUGUUGAGAUCAUCAGCAGUUUGCAGGAUGUCAGUACUCUGCUAAACCAGUCGGCUAAAGGGGAUGCUCAGGUUUGUUGCGUCCAGUGUAAUUUGAGAAUAUAUUUAUUGAGAUAAGCACUGGCUUAAUGAAAUAACUUGUUAAAGGGACUAUUAUUGUGAAUAUGGUUUAUUUAAAUGUUGAAAUCACAUAAUUUUUCCCCACCUCUGAUAACUUUAGCUAAAGCAAACACCACAUGCCGCUGGCUCAAGGAGUUCCCAGAUAUCUGAAAGUAAAAGUGCACGUGAUGGUUUUCAGUCUGUUAUUUUAAAGCAGCGGUCUUUGGAAAGGGGUGGAAGCCUGGUCCCUCCUCCACGACAAAACUCAAUUAUGGUAAAUGAACUUUUCUUUUGUUAUAUGAUCAUAUGAUAGACGAAAAGUUACAUUUAUAAUCAAUGUCAAUAACCAAUCAAUCCAAGUCUUCUUUUUUUUUUAAUUGCGUAGUAAAUACUUUGAUGGAAAUAAAUAUGUAGAAGUAUUUGUUGAGAUUGCAAUGUAAUUUGUGAAAAAUUUGAGAUGUUAUUUGCUCUACUUCUGUUUGAAAUUCUAUUUGAGAUCUUGUUUAAAUGCUGACAAGUAUUAAGUAAACGAGUGUAUAAAACAGUUGUUAAUUGUGUCAUGAUCAUUCCAUCCACAGAAAAGCAAUGUACCUGAUUCCCCCACCAGGUCCAAUGUGUACAUAACAGUUGUAGAUUUCAGUGACACUGUUGGUGAUGGACUGAGCUAUCGGAAAGGACAAAAAGUGUUGGUUAGUCAUUUUAACACCCUUGGCCAUUGUAUUUCAGCAGAACAUUGUGUAUAAUUGUCAAACAUAUCAAUCAAGUCACAAAUUAUCUCAGUUUGCCAAAAAAAACUGUUAACACUAAGAGAGCUGCUAAAUUUUUAAUACCCAGUAGUUACAUCAGGAACAUGUUCUUUUAAAUGCUGUCAAUUAAUAUGGUUUGUUUAAGUAAUUAUUAAUGCAAAUAUGAAUAGGUACAAAUGUGUUACAAUGUAUACAUCCGGCCAGAUCCAAAUGCUAUUGGACUGCCUGUGUAAGAAAAUAACAAAACUUAGAGUUUUCCUGUUUUGUACACUCCUGCUGUGCAUAAUGAAUUACCUCGUUAACAUUUUAGCUCAUUGGAAUGGCUUUUUGUUUAAUUUUUUUUUUUUUUGGAUCAUCAGGUCACAGAGAAAUCUAGCACAGGUUGGUGGUAUGUGACAAUGGGUGACAAAGAAGGAUGGGUGGCCUCAGCACACCUGGAAAGCUAUUCUGGACCUUUAGUACGUACCAUGUUGAAUCAUAAAUUAGUCUUUUUUCCUGAAAACUAAGAAAAUACCUCUUCCAAUAGGAGUUUCUUUGACAUGGUAAAAUAAUAUGCAACUCUUGUUCACACUUAAGAAUGGCACUUAUUUACAAAUUGAUACUGAUAGCUUUAAAGGAAUGUGGGAUAGAAACCUUUCAGGGGCAAAUGCUGCUAAGCAUAUUUUAACUGUCAUUGUUUCAUAUUUUCACCAACGAAUUCAUUUAAUUAUAUUAUUCUUUACUGUAGUUUAAUUAAAGUGGUAGUUACUUUUGUAAACUAGGUUCUGUAGCUUACAUACUUGUGUUUUCCUAAAUUGCAACCAAAUGGACCAAAUAAUUUUUAUUUUGUUAAAAGAAAGCUGAAUUUAUAUUGUCAUUUCUGCUACCACAGGACUCGAACCCAGGUUAUGAGGUUGCGCCACAAAGCACUAUGACAAGCAUCAAUGAUGAAGAAUAUGAUUAUGAGGAUGAGGACUGGUACGUUGCACCUGACGAGCUUCCUGAUCAAACUGAAGAAGUCUCAAGUGAAGAUAUCAGCACGAACCGACAACCAGUGCCAUCACUUCCUACAGGAUCAGACAAAAUUACUGCUGGUAAAACUAAACCUCUUCCUCUACCUCCUGUGAAGAAGUCAGAGGGAGCUUCAAAACUGUCAGAACCUGGUGUCAAAAAAAUUCCAGAUCCACCAGUGAAACCAAAUGCCAAAGUUCCCGAUCCACCUGUCAAACCUAAUGCUAAAGUUCCUGAUCCCCCUCUUAAGCCACAUACAAAAAUUCCAGAUCCACCCAUCAAACCAAAUGCAAAGAUUCUAACUCCACCUGUCAAACCAAAUGCUGUAAAUCCAAAAACUUCCGAACUCUCCCAGGAUAAUGACCUUGCGGGUAUUCUGAAGGCCAAAUUUGAGGCAAGAUCUGUUGCCGUGUCAUCAACGGAAGAAACCCCCAAAAAUGCUGGAACCAAAUUCAAACCAAAUUUUUUAAAACAUGAAUCGCAAGAUCCAAGACAACAGCCAUUGCCUGGAACAGCUGAAGCUAGACCUGUCUUGAAGCCACCUCCACCAGCUAAACUCAAACAACCCACGGGGAAUUCCACAAAACCUGUUGUUGUCACCAAACCUGCUCCUGUAUCAACAGCAAAACCAAAUCUUCCAGUUUUUCCACCCAAAGUAGCAGGGUCAAACACUGAACAUAAUAACAUCUUUGAGAAAGAAAAAGACACUAAUCAAAAUAGAUUCAGCAAUGUUAAAAGGAUGUCUGCAGCAUUUAAUCCUGCACCUAAUUUGAAAUCGGUGGAAAAACCAUUAACCGGUAAGCCACAGCCUCCUGGCAAGCCAAAACCUUCAAUGACACCCAAGCCAAAUCUGGCUAAUCCAACAAAUUCAGGUCACCAAACAUCUGGACAGAGUGUGAGCAACUUGGCCAGCAGCCUAUCUGGCAAACUAAACUUUGGCCAGACGGCAAAAGGAAACCAAAUGAGCGAAAGUGAGAAAAACCCAAGAGAUACAUCCUCUCAGAUGCCACCACCACCCCCACCACCAAGUAAACCUUCAGUAGCACCACUGUCGGGUGCCCAGUUAUCUACUACAUCAUGUACUCCGUUGUCCAAUUUGUAUAUUGCAACUUGCGACUUUGUUGCUGAGAAUGAAGGGGAGCUGGGCUUCUCAGAAGGAGAUGAGGUAGAGAUGUUGGAGGAACAAGGGGAUUGGUGUCGUAUACGAUGCUGGGAUGAAGAAGGAUGGGCACCUACAAAUUACCUUCAAAAGAUCUAAUGGAAACCAAAACUUGUUUACUACCCUUCUUUAUAUUAAUUAUACCAAGAUAGCAUUAUGUUCAUUUGAGAAAAAAUGAAUUUAUUAUUAUGAAUUCAAAAUUAUGUAACACUGAUUUUUUUAAUAACUGCCAAAAAAAUUUUUCUUCUACAUAGAAUCUUUAUCAUCUUCUCU